AUGCUUACAUCACAUCUACCAUGGGAAUCUGCAUACUUAGGGUCUCAUUGUAGCAAUGUUAAAAGAUUUGAUAUUGCUCAAAGGUUUUUGUAUGAUGAUAACAACAAUGGGAGGGGAAUUGGAGAUAAAAGUGAUGACAACCAUAAUAAUGCUGAUAAGCACGGUCUAUUUGUAGAUGAAGAUGGUUAUGAAGUGGGUUUCGAAUACAAAGUUCAUGAUCUCGAUGUCAAAUGGAGCAAAAUUGAGCUACAUGUUGGAGAGAUAUACGAGCCUCUGUCACAGUUAAGGUUUGCACUUACUAACUACAUUGUAGCAAAUGGGUGCCAACUAUGGUUUGUGAAAUUUAACAUAGUUUGUGUUAUUUCCAAGUGUGGUAGAAAAGAAGACAAAAAACCAUGUCCUUUCAAAGUGUAUGGUGCAUGGAUGUAG